AUGUCGACGUCCCCUUUCGGCUUUCAGUUCAAUCCACCAAGUGGCCCGGGUUGCUCCGGUCAAGGUGGACAGGGAGGGCGUGGUGGUCGCGGCGGUAUUGCCAAACCCAAUGCCAGAUUGCAUCAGUGCUCCAAGUGCGGAGGUCGAGACCAUCUCUUCCAGCAUUGUCCUCGGCGUGGGGUCACUCCUGGCUACACUCAGGGGAAGAUCCACGACCUCGUAGGUCAAGGCCUCUUCCCAACCGGCCAGACCACCAAUGCGCCUUCGGUUGUCCAACAGCCGCCUCAACCCGCGGCCGGGAUCAAUGCUCCCCACGACGGGAAGACAGUUGCAGAAGCUGUGGCAGUGGUCAAGCAGGAGAUGGGGGCCAAGAUGGAGGCCAGCGAGGCCAGGAUGGAGCCCAAGAUGACUGCACUGCAGGCUGAAUUGACUGCCGCAACGCAGGAGUCUCGACGGGUGGCGCAGGCGCAGGCGCAGGCGCAGGCGGAGGCGGAGAACGCGAGACAACACGAAAGGUUGCUCGCUUUAGAAUGGGACGUGAUGCGGCUGAUGGGACUGGUCUACUAUGAUAGGAAUCGGCUGGAAGAGAGUGGCGCUUUCACGGCGAGAGCGGACAUCCAGACGAUCCGGGACGACGCCACGAACACCGUCCGUGAGAUGUCAGACUGGAUAGCGAAGACUCAAAGAGAGUUUGAGGAUGUUUGCCGACAGUUCAAGGCCCUUGAACGAAGGAUGGAGGCACUCGAGGCUCGGUUGCGCGCUCCGGAGCCGGAAUUGGGUUUCUCGAUGUUCGACUUUUCUUGA